CGUUCCUAUAGAUGGCAUCGGAGGCUUAUUGGUGGGUGCUAGCGACUGCAGACGUAGCCGGGACCAACAGCUUAACGUGCCUUUGCGAGCACGGAGUAGCUAGAGAUAAUAAGUUUUUGAUCACCCAUCCAAUGACCGGUCAUUGCGAAAGUUCUUAUAGAAGUUAUUGUCUAUAUAGAUAUUGAGUUGGUCAGUUAAAAAAAUUUAAAGUGUGAAACAUACAAUUUAAUUAGAGUUACAAAACAAGGUCGCGGGGAUGACCUUUUUAAUCUACCACGUAACGAAAAUAAGUGCUCUAUCCGGACAGUCGACAUCCCUUAUUAGUGUUAAUUUGUGUUCCCAAUUAAUUAUAACGUAUUAUGUGGAACCCAUGCAAUAAACUGGACACAGUCCAUUUUUACUCACGGGUGGGACAGAAGCACCCGGCCAUUUGUUUUGUGAAUUAACAUGAAGUAAAAUAUUGUAGUAAAAAUGAAGUGGAUUUUCUACGUGAUUGUCUUUAUUUAUAUGGCUUAUAGAGCUGUUUACGGUGCCAAAUCGAAGGACAUAAAAAGUUUAAUUGUAGAUAGAAUAGACUAUGGUGCAUACGAAACCUACCUUCCGCCCAAUAGUUACAAAACGAUAUCAUGUAAAUAUUCGAACAAGAAUCAUAAGGUUGAAUGGCUGGACUCUUCAGAGAAUGUAAUCCCACUUUCAGCUACGAAGAGGGUUGCGACACAAAAACAUACCGGUCCUUUAGUACGAGGAGUACGAACAUAUUCCUUGACCCUUACGUUCACUGACACAGAGGUCGACGAUACUGGAGAAUAUGAGUGUCGGUCAGGCGAUGCCUCUGAGAAAGUAACGCUUUGUGUAAUUGCUCCAGCAGAAUUUGUGGAUAUGUCGACUGAAGUGGUCAUGGACGAGGGUCGUUCGUAUACGUUGUCAUGCCAAGCCAGAGGUCAACCGGAGCCCAGAAUUGAAUGGAUUAGAAAUGGUCAACAGAUUUCAGAUGACGGCGAAUCCAGUAAAUAUCAAGUUAUGACAAAGUACAACAGCCAUGGAUUUGAAGGUCUAUUGACAAUAACAUCGCUCACACCAGAAGAUAGUGGAGAAUAUACCUGCAUGGCAAUUCAGGAGCAUACAACAGUCGAGGACUGUAGUCUAACUAAGCACUUGAAUAUCUCAGUUGUAGUAAAUUAUGCUCCAGUUUUUGAGGACGGAAAUGACACUAAAAUAUAUAGCAAGUAUAAUGAAACAGUCGAAUUCGUCUGUACCGCCGGUGGCUACCCAGAACCUACUUAUAGGUGGUUCCAUGCUCUAGACGACAAUACCUUAUACGAAUAUCCUAAAGAUAGCUUGAUUUAUGCUAAAGAUAAAAGUGAAGUUAAAUUCUCAAUAGUAGCGGACGGAUUAUCGUUUGGUCAGAAAUAUGUUUGCGAAGCAGCAAAUCAAUACGGAGUGGCGUCAAAAUAUUACACAUUACUGAGAGUAGAAAAACCAGAAAGACCCAGUGAGGUUAAUGUUUAUAACAGCUCACAAAGUCACCUAGAUUUGAAUGUAACCUGGUCAAAACCUGUUAUGUUUCCAAUUGAAAAUGUAGAAGUGCAACUAAUGCCUGAAGGUAUUAGGAAAAGAUUACCAAAAGAGGCAGAUUGGAAAAAAGCAGCAGAUAUCCAAUUUGCAGCCCAGGAAUUCUCUGAAAUCGAGGAUGAUGUUGUUGUUGUAUCGUUAUCUGAUCUAGAACCAGAAUCUAAUUAUUGGGUCCGAAUACGCGUCGGUAACGAGCUUGGCUUCUCCCCAUGGUCUUUACCUAUAGUAGCGUCAACCAAUGCUGCUGAAGAGGAAACGUUAGACGAGUCGAGUACUGAAGAUAUUAAUAAAAAUAGCACAACGUCGAUGCUCGACGGUGACGGAGGUACCAGCCAAUCAAUGUAUUACGGAAUAUUUUUUGCCGGCGGAAUUCUAGUUUUGAUUUUUAUAUGUACGAUUGUAAUGAAGAUAGUGUAAGUUUAGAACUUUAAAUCUGAGGAAUUAAAGAUUUUUUUUAUUAGCAGUUUCUAUUAAUUACAGUUGUAAGGACUUUAUCAUUCAUCAUUAAGGUUUGAAUAUACUAUAACAGUACCUACUAUUUAAAUAUCUGUUUCAUUCUAUGCAUUAUUUAUCUAAUUAAAUGUCUUAUCAAUUCUCAUGUUUUUUAUAAAACCGUGUUAUAAUAAAGCAUUUGAAGAAUUAAUUUAUACAACUAUAGUUUCAAUUUUCCUUUUGUUUAUUUGUUUCCUAGGUUUUCACGCAUAUCACUCAUUAAUUCGACGCGGCGACGCAUUCCUGUAAAGGAUACGAAACGUCUAUAAAUAAAUAAAAUCAGUGCAUCUAACCCGUUGAAACUGUUUGAAUUUUAGGAACCAAAGGGAAAACAUUACCUUUGG